UACAAAGCAUCGUCUUAAUUCUUUAUGUCCUAGCAACGACUUCUGUCUCUGUUUCUCCCUUUCUCCGUACAUCCUCGGCCAUGGCACGAGCCUCGGCUCAUACCGUCGUGGUUGUCGUCGCCGUUGUUUAUCUUAUUUUUCCGUCGAUUCAUUUUUCCGAGGCCGCAGCGUCUUCUUCGUUUUCUCCUGCGGAUAACUAUUUGAUCAAUUGUGGUUCGUCCGAUGGUGUCGUGCUCGACGACGGCAGGUCGUUUAAGUCCGAUCCGCAAUCCGCUUCUUACUUGUCGACUGACGAAGAUAUCCUUACGUCGGUGGAUUCGCUUCCGAAGAGCGUCUCGUCGGUGUUUCCGUCGUCGUCUUACCACGCGCUUUACUCGUCCGCGAGAAUUUUCGAGCACGAGUCAAUGUAUAGGUUUCUUGUGUUUAAGCCGGGGCGCCAUUGGCUCCGGCUUUAUUUUUAUCCGCUCGACCACCCUUCUUAUAAUUUGAGCUCGGCAACGUUCGCCGUCAGCACGGAUGAUACCGUUCUCUUACACGGUUUCUCAGCGAAAAGCGCGGCGACGACGGUGUUCAAAGAGUAUUUAAUCAAUGCGACUUCCGAUAAGCUCACCCUCAAGUUUUCGCCGAUGAAGAAAUCCGCGGCGUUCGUCAAUGCCAUCGAGCUCGUUUCCGCCCCCGAUGAAUUAAUCCCCGACUCGGCUUUGGCCGUUUCUCCUCUUGCCGACUUCCACGGCUUGGAUAAGUACGCUUUGGAAGUGUCGUAUCGGGUGAACGUCGGGGGGCCUAGCGUUAUGCCUAAAAACGAUAUGUUGUCGCGGACAUGGCUCGCCGAUGGCCCGUACAAUUCCUUCCCGGAGGGCGCGAAAAACGUGUCGAUCCCUACCGAUAUGAUACAAUAUCCGGCAGGCGGAGCGACGCCUUUGAUUGCGCCGUAUUGGGUGUACUCGACCGCCGAUCACAUGGCGGAUCCCGGCACGAGCGAUCCGAACUUCAACUUGACGUGGGUAAUGAGCGUUGACGCCGGGUUUUCGUACUUCGUCCGGCUACAUUUUUGCGAUAUUGUGAGCAAAGGAAUGAACGAGCUUUACUUCAAUGUGUACAUCAAUGGAAAUAUCGGCGUCUCCGCCCUCGACCUGUCGACCGUCACCUCCGGCCUCGCUAUCCCGUACUACAAAGAUUUCGUCGUGAACGCUACGACCAUUCGCAACGGAACGGUCACCGUUCAAGUCGGGCCGGCUUCGAACCUGCAGGGAAGCGCGCCGGACGCGAUACUAAAUGGUUUCGAAGUGAUCAAGAUAAGCAACUCGGCGGGGAGCUUGGACGGCUUGUUUUCGUCUGACGCCGCGAAUUCGACCCGUAUCUCCACCGUUAAAGUCGCCGCCGCCGUCGCACUGACAUUGGCGGCGACGGCAUUCGUCGUGGUCGUAAUAGGCCGGGUACGAUCGCGAAAUCGGAACAAAGGGUACGAGAAGCAGAAGACGUUUUCGUCGUGGCUGCUGCCGAUAAACUCGAGCCAUUGCAGCUUCCUAUCGAGCAAAACGAAAAGCACGACGUUCUCAAGCAUCGUCAACCCGUCGGGGCUCAACCUCGGCCGGUACUUCACGCUCGCCGAGCUCCGCGACGCCACAAAGAACUUCGACGAGAAAGCCGUCGUCGGUGUCGGAGGCUUCGGCAAAGUGUACCUCGGCGAGACACUCGACGGGACAAAGCUCGCCAUCAAACGAGGCAGCGCGACGUCGUCACAAGGGAUCAACGAAUUCCAAACCGAAAUCGAACUCCUGUCGAAGCUCCGCCACCGGCACCUCGUCUCCCUCAUCGGAUACUGCGACGAGCAAUCUGAAAUGAUCCUCGUCUACGAGUACAUGGCGUACGGCCCGCUCCGCGACCAUUUAUACCGAUCAUCGUCUUCGUCAGCACCAAAACCGCCGCCAUUGUCGUGGAAACAGAGGUUGGAGAUUUGCAUAGGGGCAGCGCGUGGGCUGCACUACCUCCACACCGGGACGACGCCGGGGGUGAUCCACCGCGACGUGAAGACGACGAACAUAUUACUCGACGAGAAUUUCGUGGCGAAAGUUUCGGACUUUGGGCUGUCGAAGUCGGGGCCAGCGACGAUGGACCAGACGCACGUGAGCACGGCGGUGAAGGGGAGUUUUGGGUAUUUGGACCCGGAGUACUUCCGGCGGCAGCAGCUGACGGAAAAGUCUGACGUGUACUCGUUCGGGGUGGUGCUGUUCGAGGUUCUGUGCGCGAGGGCGGCGCUGGACCCGGCGCUGCCGCGGGAGCAGGUGAACCUGGCGGAGUGGGCGAAGCAGAUGAAUGGGCGGGGGGCGAUCGGGGGGAUUGUGGAUCCGGCGAUUGCGGGGGGCGUGGCGGCGGAGUCGCUGGCGAAGUUUGUGGAGGCGGCGGAGAAGUGCCUGGCGGAGUGUGGGGUGGACAGGCCGUCCAUGGGAGAUGUGCUGUGGAACCUUGAGUAUGCUCUGCAGUUGCAGGAGGCGGGUGAGGGUGGGGAUGAGGGUUCGAAUUUGGAUCCGGGUCCGGGUCCGGGUCCGGGUUUGAAUCUGGAUUUGGGUUCGGGUUCGGGUUCGGGUUCGAGUGGUGAAGUGGGUCGGGGCGGGAUUAGUGAGGAUUCGGGGGUUGUGGCUUCGUCUCCGAUGUUUAUUGAAAAUGUUCGCGGAAGAUGAUGAUGAUGAUGAUGAUGAUCCAUUGAUCAAUGUUGUAAUAAGUUUGGGCCUUUUUUUCUUUUUUUUUUUAAUUUUUUUUUUUUGAUUGGAUACAUUUUCAGGGUUAGAUAUUAUGUUUUAUGUUUUGUCUUGUGAAACUAUUUUGAAUGUUUUCUUUAUUCAAAAUAGGAUAUUGUUUAGUGGCUUUUGGAUGUUGAAACAAUAAAUUAAAAUUA